GUGUGUGUGUGUGCGUGCGUGUGUGUGAAUUGAAAUUCUUGGUAGCUCAUGAUGGUGGCUUGGGUGCAAGUCCUUUUACAGAAUGGUUUACCUCUGUUUAUUUGAAGCGUCAUUGAGCUUGUCUAACAAUACUCCUAGCUAUCAUCUUCGUCAUGAUUUUCGACGAAUGAAGGCAAUAGCAUGAGUGAAGAUUAGUGAAAUGUGUUCAUCUGCGGUGUCUUCGUCAAAGAUGGCCGUACUUAGGCCCAUUCUUUGUUUUGUUUUGAUUUCAACGGUGUUUAAUACCCAGGCAGAUAGUAACAUCUGCAUCAAACCAUGUUCCUGCCUAGGUCAUUCGAUGGAUUGUGGUAAUUCGACGCUUUCUGUGCCUUCAGAUCUCCCUACGUGGAUCAGAAUACUUGAUCUCAGCUCAAACAAAUUACGUGGCCAUAGUUUAAAACCAUUAAGCCAUCUGGUAGAACUGACUGAGCUCAAACUUAGUCAUAAUAAUUUUAUUGACAUUCCUGAUCUUCCGCCAAGUCUUGUCAGGCUAUCAACAGUCAUACUGUCGCACAAUGAAAUCAACAUCACAAAAUCUGGCAGCCAGACUCUUCACCAAUUUCCUGCCUUGACUUCUCUUGAUCUCAGUAGCAAUCACAUCUCACACCUCUCAGGAUUUACCUUCCCAAAUACAUCAAAUUUGAAAGAACUGAACUUGAACAACAAUUUGCUUCAAAAGUUGGAGGGUGGACAAUUUGAAGGUCUUGUGAAGUUGCAGGAUUUACGCAUCAAUAAAAACAAGUUGAAAAGUAUUUCAAAUGAUGCUCUAAAACACCUAAAAGUAUUACAAAAUCUGGAUUUAAAUCGAAACCAACUGACCAAACUAGAAAGUCUUAUGUUUCAAGAUUUAUCACAGCUAACUUCAUUGCGCUUAAGACGAAAUGAUAUUGCUCUCCUUGAAGAUGGUGUUUUUUGGGGGUUGAAGAACAUAAGCGUUCUUCUCUUAGACCAUAAUAAUGUUGCUAAUAUAUCAAAAUCAUGGUUAUAUGGACUUGAAUCAUUGCAUCUGCUAAAUCUUAGCCAUAAUCAUAUAAAGGAGAUGGAUAACGAGUGUUGGAGCUUCAAUCCUAACCUUUUAGAACUUGAUUUAUCCCACAACCAAUUAAAAUCAAUUGGAAAAAAUUCUUUGAAUCACCUCUCCAAACUUCAAAAGUUGAGAUUAAAUGUGAAUCAUAUACACUACAUAGAGGAAGGGUCUUUUAAUCACACUCCUGAACUAAUGGAAUUGGAACUGAAUGGGAACGAGCUGUCUUGGGCUGGAGAAGAAAUGAAUGGCAUAUUCAACAGUCUAACUAAACUUGAAGUUCUGAGCCUUGCUGAAAAUCAAAUCAGUUCUAUAAACUAUCUUGCAUUUAAUGGUGUCAACAACCUAAAAGUUUUGAAUUUGGCUAAUAACUCCUUAUUGUCCAUUCAAGAAAAUCCAUGGAUCCAUAUGCCAAAUCUUGUACAUCUUUCCCUUAAUGUUUCAUCUCUUAUGUGUGACUGUUCCUUGAAAUGGUUACCAGUUUGGCUCAAACAGCAGCCAUUUGCUAAGGAAACUCAUCCAACCUGUAACUAUCCCUUUCCCUUGCAUGGAAUAUCUAUAAUGCACAUUGCUCCAGAAAACUUCUCUUGUGAGGGAAUUCCAAAUCCACAUAUAAUUGAAGAACCUAAAUCAAAAAUGGUCUUGGUUGGUACAAACUUUACUCUUCAGUGCCGAGCAAAUUCAUCCUCCGACGAAAAAAUUAGUUUUCGCUGGAAAAGAGACAAUGUUGAAGUGAAAAGUGCAUUGGGCAUGUCCAUCAAAUAUAGUUUCCGAAUCACAAGUGAUCCCAUGGAACAAACAUCUGAGCUUCAUAUAUACAAUGCAUCCCUUAAAGAUGCUGGCAUUUAUCAGUGUUUUGCCUCCAAUAGUUUUGGUUCUGCUCAUUCUGGCAAAGCUAAUGUUACAGUUGUAGUGUUUCCAAAGUUUACAAAAAUUCCGGAGGACCUUCAAGUAAAAACUGGUAGUAUUGCGCGACUACCUUGUGCUGCUGAGGGGCUACCUGAACCAAAAAUGUCAUGGCAAAAGGAUGGUGGAAACGACUUCCCAGCUGCUCGUGAACGCAGAAUGCAUGUCAUGCCAGAUGAUGAUGUGUUUUUUAUUGUGAAUGUAAAACCUUUUGACAUGGGUGUUUACAGCUGUAUGGCUCACAAUGAAGCUGGUGUCAAUGUUACUAAUGCCUCUUUAACAAUUUUGGAAACUCCAUCAUUUCUUAAACUUAUGGAAAACAAAGAUGUCCGUGUCGGUCAGGCGGUUGUGCUGGAAUGCUUAUCAACAGGGUCACCUCGGCCCCGCCUAAAAUGGUUUAAAGAUGGGAUUGAACUCCGACCCUCGGAACGUUAUCAUUUCACUGCGGAAGAUGAACUUCUUAUUAUUCGGAACACUCAACCAGAAGAUGCUGGUAGAUACGAGUGUGAACUAUCCAAUCCUCUUGGGAAUGAAAAGGGCUAUUCCAAGCUCACAAUUAUUCCUGCCUCAGGUUCAUUAAUAAUCAAUGAUGACAUGGCUGGCAUUAUUGUCAUUGCUGUGGUAUGUUGUGCCGUGGGCACAUCUGUUGUUUGGGUGAUCAUUAUAUACCAAACUCGCAAGCAUAUGACCAGAGCUCCACAGCCUUCAGCUGGUAAUUCUGGAGCUGGGAUGUCACAUGCUGUUGACUUGAAAAUGACUUCUGACCACUCCCCCAUGCCACUUCUGGUGUAUGGCCAUCCAGGUGGCCAAAUCGCCAAUCAAAUUGACACUGAUUCUGAACAUUCCAGCAGCAAAGAUAGUGGCACUGGAGAUUCGAAGAGGAGCCGUAGCCAUGAGGAUCUUUUACCUCCUCCAGAAACUGCUUUUCAAACUAAAGAAUCAGAAAUCGGAGAUGAAGGUGAGGGAGACUCGUCAGAUGGUGAAGGUUCAAGCCCUGCCGUCCAGAGAUUAGUGGGACCUGUACGAUCCCCUGUAAAAGCACCACCUUUUGUGGCUAGCGUGAAACACCCCAAUCGUCAACGGAGAACAAACCACGACAGGUGCUAUAGGCUCAGUAUGAGUACUCAGACCGCCACAGUGCAUGCUCCACGGCCAUCAAGUUACCAUUGCCUACCCUUAGGACCCCCUCCUCCACCUCCACCACAGGAAGUAUAGGUUUGAGCAUUCCUUUUCUUUGAAAAACUUUUUCUUCUCUUGAUUCAAAUCACAAACUAUUAAUGUUUUCUUUUCAAAUGUGGGUGUGUUCAAGAAUACAGUCUCUAUUUAUCUUGGCUAAAGAUUGCAGAAUAAUAUUUCCUUUUCACUCACCAACCAAUUUCCUUUCUCCAAUAACAGGAAUGCUCAAAUUCUACAACCUUUCUUAUACUGCACUUUUCUUAAAACCUGCAAUCUUGAGCCAUUUUAUUAAUGUGAUAUUAUGUGAUAAGUUGUGUAGGGAAUGUAGAUAACCUCGCUGUGAAAUCAUGUUGAGUGUUGGGGUCCUUAACAGGCUGAAAUGGUUGACUAAGAAAAAGCACUGACAAUGUUCCUAGGUCUGUACCAUUGAAAUAUGUACAUACAUUUUGUAUCUAUCUAAUGUCAAUGUAGAGCUAAAUAAUGUGCGUAUGUGUGUGAGUUGUUUGUGUGUGUGGAUUUUGUGUGUGUGUGUGUGUGUGUGUGUGCGUGUAUACAUACUCUAGUAUGUAAAAAAGUACAAUAUGUUUUAUCUACAUCACCUAUUGUGUUGAGAUAUGCAGUAUAUUUCUGUUGCAUUGUUAUGGAAUAAUCCAAGAUAAGUCUUCUGUUUAAAAAGACUGUAUAAAAUUGUGGAGAAUUACAACUUUAAGCUACAAUAUCACACUUUGCAGCUAAAUGUUUGUGUAUAGACUGAAUGAAUUGACUGAUCAAUAUUUGCUUUGCUUAAAUCUUCAGUAUUCCACCAAGUCCAUUAGGAGUCAAGAAAUCUUCUCCAAUUUCUGACAAGCUGGCCUAAUACUAAUGUGUACUGCAAACUUCUCUGAAAUUGUUACAAAUAUAGGUUUCUUUUUCUACCAUUGUGCAGAAGAAGCCAUACUAUUUUUACUAAUCUGAUUUGUAGUUUACAAACUUCUCUAGUUUCAGGCAAAUUAUAAGUAUUUCUUUAGAAUGCUGCUCUAUUCAUGUGUUAUCUCCAAGAUUAUUGAUAUUUCUGUAUACCUUUUUUUAAGUGUACGUAGUUUCAUGAUGCUUCACAGCAAGAAACUGCAAACAACUGUGGAUGUUUUAUGUCCUACUAUAUGCCAUUGUAUUCUGUACAAGACCUGAGUCCAGAACAGUUUUCUUUCCUGUAUUGUACUGUACUCAGUGCUCAGUGUCUGUUAAGUUCCUUGAGUACCAGUAUUAACAGUCUUACUAAUCAUAUUUCUAACAUACCUGUUAAGGGUGUAGUAUGACCAAUUGGUAUUAUCCUCUUCAUGCUUAAAAAUUGUUGUAAAAAUUCAAAGUGUUGACAAUAAACCAACUUAAACAUGUAGGAAAAAAUAUUUUCUGAAGAUUUUUUUCUGUGUUUACUUGAUUUUAGUUCUCUUGGAGAGUGAAUGUACUUAAUAAUUUUUUAAAAAUUAAUUAACUGCAAAUGUAUUCAUCUAGACAAUCAAAUGUACUACAGGGUGUCCUAGUCACAGCAGGACUCUUCAGCAACAAAUUUGAAUCUGGCCAACUGUGGUUUGCUGGACUGGAUUCCAACAAAUUGAUGGCAGGAAAAUCCCACCCUGAAUGGGACAUUCUGGCCAUAUAAGUAAUUAUCUGAUGUCUUCAUGAUGAAAGCAGGUGUUUUCAAACUUUAAUAAAGCAAACACAUGUAUUGUAACAAUGUUUUUGUACUUCAUACCCUGCUUGGGGUAUUUAUUUUGUUGUGACUGUUGACAAUUAAUGAUCCGGAGUGAAAUACAUGCUGUAUUAUA